UUUCUUCUCACCCUCCCCUUUCUCUCUCUCAGCUUCAUUACAAGCAACCAAGCUGUCUCUUGUUGGAACCGCAGCCAGCAACACCACCUCCCAUUUAAUUACAAUUCAAUUCCCCAUCAUUUUCUCUAACCAUGAACAGCACAUAGAAUCAUACAUCCCUUCCUUCCUUCUCCCACAAUCAUUCAUCAUGUCAUUCAGUGGUGCUGAAGACAACAAGGAAAUCACCAACCCGACUAGCGGCGGAGGCGGGUCGAGACCCAAGCCCGCCAACCCGCGAGUCAGCUACCGCGAGUGCCUCAAGAACCACGCCGCCAACAUCGGCGGCAACGUCACCGACGGCUGCGGCGAGUUCAUGCCCGGCGGCGCGGAGGGCUCCCUCGAGGCCCUCAACUGCGCCGCCUGCUCCUGCCACCGCAACUUCCACCGCAAGGACGCCGCCGGGUCGGCCAUGGUCCACCCGCUCCAGCUCACUCCGCCAUUGCCCCACCGCGCGAUGCAGCCGGUCAGGAUGGCCUUCGGCGGCGGCGGAGACUCGUCCAGCGAGGAGCUCAACUUCAGCGCGUUCCAUCUGAACGCGGUGGCGCCGGCGCCGCCGCAGAAGAGGUUCAGGACGAAGUUCACGGCGGCGCAGAAGGAGAAGAUGCUGGAGUUCGCGGAGAAGGUGGGGUGGAGGAUCCCUCGAGAAGACGACGUGGAGAUGCAGAGGUUUUGCGCGGAGACGGGAGUCAAGAGGCAGGUUUUCAAGGUUUGGAUGCAUAACAAUAAGACUAUUUCUUCUUCUUCCAAUUCCAAUACCAAUAAAACUACCACCAUCUUUCCAAAUGUAAAUUAGGAUUUUUUAUUUUUCCAGAUUUCCUAUUUAUUAUGUUACUCUUCACUAUUUCAUUUAAUUAUGCCUUUCAAUUUUCAUAUAUAA